CUUGUGUCGGAGAUUGUUAGGAUAAUUAAUAUGUAUUCAGAAGCCAGAAUGAAAAGACGGCGGCGGCCGAGCGUGGAGUUGAAAACGGCGACCAGAUACAACAACGUUCGGAAACAGCUGAACGUCUCCCUCUUGGCGGCCGUUGCUGUCUUCUUCUUCGUCUUUCAGAUCAACUUAGUUUCUUCUGAAUUGACAGAGUUUUCAGACAUAAGCAGUGGCAUUCUAGUGGACGGCAACGACAGGGGUAUCGUGUCCGCCUUCGGUGACUUCAAUGCUGAUAAACACACAGACAUAUUUCUCUUGACGGACGGAGGGAGAGAAGUUAAACUACUUUUGGCUGGUAAAUCUGAAGAACCCUACACAUCCCGAAUUCUGAUUGAAGCCAACGCUAGUAACCUGACGGACACUAUCAUCACUAGUAUUGUACCAGCAGACUUUGAUGGUGAUGUCCACAUGGAUGUGCUGCUGUGUCGCCAAAAGGAGAAUGACCGUUCUGGAAACGUUUUCAUUGAGAUUUACUGGGGCAAUGGCUACACCGUGAACCAAGGUAACCCAUAUGUGCUGACAGAAACCCUGAAGGACCAGCCUCUUGUGAUGGAUGCCAAUGCUGACAUGGUUUCAGAUUUAUUUGGUGAAAACUCCGAUGGGAAAAGGAAAUUUUGGUUUGGAAGCUCUCAAAGAAUCCUGAAGAUGGUAGAUUUCCCCAAGAACAACACCCAGACCACUUUUGAUCCACUGAAAAAACCACAGUCCAGUGCUUUUGUGGACCUCAAUUAUGAUUUCUGUGCUGAUCUUUGUGUUGUCUCUGUGAAGAAUGGUAAAACCCAGUUAGAAUACUGGUACUACUUGGAUGAUGGCUUUCAGUUGAACAAAACAUUAGAUGUUCCUGAUGCUGUGAAAGUGUCUGGUCAGGCAACAUUUGUUAACGUUGAUGGUGAUGACGAGAUGGACUUGUUGCUGCCAUUCUGUGAAGAUACCGAGUGUCACAACAGUGGAAUUUACGUCUAUUCCGAGGAACAGUGGCACAAUCUGUCUGUUGACUUUGCUCAGGCCCAAUGGAGGUAUGUUCUUCCUGAAAAUGCUGACAAACUUGUCAAACCUCCAAUUACUCUGCGGGCUGGCGAUUACAACCUUGAUGGAUAUCCAGAUUUAUUAACUGUCCUCACAAACCAGAACCAUACCCAGAGGGUGUUUUUAUUGAAGAAUGUAGCUUUCACCCAGGACAAUUUCACCCGCACCUUCAGUAUUGAUUACAAAGCUUCGUUCACCCAACCAACAGGAUCUGCCUUUUUGGCCGCCUUUUUUGACAUCGAUGAAGAUGGUGUAUUAGAUGUCUUCAUCACUUCAAGACAGACAGACAGCAAAACCAAACUUCAGACCUUCAAGAACAAAUUUCUUGAAGAUGCUUAUUUUUUGAAAGUGAUGGUGGUCAGUGGUCUGUGUGGAGAAGACUGUAACGUGGCGCCCUAUGGCACCAACCAACCUGGACCUGUGGUUCAAUUCAAAACGACUCGCUUCUCCGGAGAAUUCCAAAUUGGUUUUGCAACCCAACUGAGUCAGUCAGCUCACUAUUCACUGCAACUGCCCUACACUGUAUUUGGACUCGGUCAAUCACCAAACUACAUCGACAAUCUCAAAGUUGGUAUUGCCUACUACCCCAAGGAAAAAUGUGAAACCCGUGAAUGGACCUCUGUGAUUCCAAACUCUCGUCUCAUCAUCAUCCCCCAUCCAAUGGAUGACCCUCUACAAUGGAGCAACAGGCUCUUUGUGACUCCCAGUCGACUGGUCCUUCUUACUGGAGCGGCAUUACUCGGUACCUGUGCUUUUAUCACAGCAGUGGUGGCCAUCUUACACUGGAGGGAGAGGGCGGAGGACAAACGCGAGAAGCUGCAAGAGGCCCAUAAAUUCCACUUUGAUGCCAUGUGAGCAACGGCAACAAAGAAGAUCAGCUGCUGAUGGUGGGACAAACCCUGUGCAGAGAAUUGGUGAUCAAAUAUUUAAUCUAGAAACAUGCUUAAUAAUACAUCAGGCUACAUAUAUAUAUAUAUAUAUAUAUAUAUAAAAAAACAUUCACGCACACACACAUAUAUACACAUGCAUUCAGUGACUAGACGCACUAUUUAUCAUAGGCACUAUAUAAACACCACAAUAGACAGUUGAUUUAGUAUACAAACGUGUAUGUGUGCUUGUAAAUGCGAAUGUGUAGAGUUGUUUAUAAAUGGGAACUUUUAUGUAAGUCACAGUAUUUUAGGCUGGCUAAUGUCAGCACACCAACACUAUACACCCUCUC